AUUAUGCUGUGAACUUACCGCACUAACAAACGUAUACAAAGAUGAAGGAAGAAUAUUAUCUACAACAUCCGAGAACUCAACUGUUUUACAAGGUGCUUGCCCAUGUUUCGACGAUCGAAAGUACAAUUGACUUAACAUGGUGGGGAUACACUUUCCCGAAGUACGUGGGCUGGUUUUACCAUCUGCAGUGUAAUGUCGUCCGGCUGUUCGGCAAAUGCGUGGUCGUAUCGCAGAUACUUUUUAUAAUAUUGAACUACCAAACGAUAGAUAAGUCAGUAUUCAUUAUUGCAAUCACAAUAACACCGCUGGGAGCGCUUGUUGGGAUCAAAGCUGAAUCAGCAAAAGCUGAAUGCUACGUCAAUUUAAUGAAGAAUUUCAUGGAUAAAGUUCACAUUCACAGUAUUUAUCGUAAAAACGAAAACAAUGAAUUCGUAAAAAAGAAAGUAAUACAAAUCGAACGAGUGUCACGCUUUACUGCGUAUUUCCUCGUUAUUUUGAUAGCGAUCAAUUGUCUAUCUUGGAUGCUGAAACCCACCUUGCACAACAUUAAACAUUUCGAGGAAAUCAUGAACAAGUCCAUGGAAUUCCAGUACUAUAUUUAUUUUUGGACGCCAUUGGAUUAUAAAUACAAUUUGAGGGACUACAUAAUAAUACACACGUUGUGUAUAUACUUGGGCGCGACUGCUGUAACGGUUAUUGUGACAUUCGAUAUAUUUAACUUCAUUGCAGUUUUCCAUGUAGUUGCGCAUAUCCAAAUAUUGAAAAAUAAUGUAAAAUCGAACUGGUCGGAUGAUUUCAAUGAAAGUGAGAAAAAGGGGUAUUUGGUGAGCAUACUGGAAUAUCACGCGUAUAUCAUAAGAAUUUUCGGUGAAGUGCAGUCAGCGUUUGGGCUAAACGUAGCAUCGAAUUAUCUUCAGAACUUAAUUGAGGAUGGCUUGUUUUUGUAUCAAAUCAUGAACGGGGAAAAAGAAAAUGUUUUGAUGUACGGCUUAAUGAUAAUUUUAUAUUUAGGAGGUUUGAUUUUUCUAUCCAUUGUGCUGGAGGAAAUACGUCGUCAGAAUUACGACUUAUGUGAAUAUGUAUACGCGUUGCCUUGGGAGGGCAUGUCACUUGAAAAUCAAAAAAUCUUUGUAGUUUUUCUGCAACGAACUCAGCCGGAUCUUGAGUUUGAGACUGUCUGCGGCAUGAAGGCUGGAGUGAAGCCUGCGUUCUCUAUAGUUAAAUCUAUGUUCUCUUACUACGUGAUGAUAAAUUCAAGAUUUUAAAGAUAUUAAAGUCAACCACUAUUAUUAGACGUUUAAACCUAAAAAAAUACUUAACUAACCAACUAAAACCUCUCACACGAACAACGUAGCUCAUGAAAAGUUGCUGAUCGCCUGCUUAGAUUUUCUACAUUUUGCGUAAACCAUAAAAAAAAAAAAACAAAAUCCAUUAUUUUCCUAUGAAUAAUUUUCGUUUACGUGAGCGGUAUACUGUUUUUUUUUUUAUUCGCUAUCAACAUUUUUUUUUGUAUCUUAGACUUUUAUGUUAUAUUUUAAUAUAGGCAAUAUUUGAUAUACAAUUUUUUUUAACUGUAUAAAUUUAAGCUCAUCCCUCACAUCGUUCACAAUGUUACUGUAUUAAUGAAUAAUUGUCUUAAAUUUAAUCUUGAAUUUAUUAAUGUCAAAACGAUAGCUGUAUCCACGCUCGAAUUAUGUCUGCGAAGUAUCUGAUAUUUUGAAAAUACAAUUUACUAGCCGCAUAAUUAAUAGAAAUUAACGAUAUUAUUCGAAAUAUAAAAGUAAUCUGUGACCACGGAAACUAACAAUGAGGUAAUAAUGUCCAAUGAAUUGGGGAAACGUGCGAUACACUCAUGCGAUUUAACUGUUGUAAAUCAUGUCAUUGUGCACAAUUCAAUACACUAUUAAACUCAGAUCUAAAUGCUUUAAUUCUCUUAUUUCAUAUAUAGCACUCACUUGUUUUUAUUGAAAUGUGGAACAAAUAAUCGAAAUUGUUAUUUCAAGCAAAACUGAAAUGAAAUUUACACUAAAAUAUUCUUGACAUUAAUAUACUAUA